AUGUCCAGCGACCCUCUCCGCCGGGCUCGGUACCUGUACGACGACGCUACAGCACCCAACUCCAGUCCCGAGAUUCGCCGACAAUGCCACUCUGCCCUUAUCGCUCUCCCCUCUGUCGGAUCUUCCAAGGCCAAACACUUCUUUGGCUCCAACGUUUCUACAUUCUUUGCUGAGUUUGAGGAUCUGCAAGAUCAAGCCAUCGACGCUUUGCUAGAUCUGUGUGAGGAUGAAGAUGAGGAUAUGCGGAUCGUUGGUAUCAAGGGGCUGGGACCAACAGCAAGGGCGGAUCCGAGAUGGAUCAAGGGGAAUACUGGGGUAUUGCUGCAGCUUCUUGCAAGCCAACCUCGAGAGCUGGAAGCAGUCACAAAAGCCCUCGUUGAACUCCUCUUCAUCGCUCCUCUCGAUGUGUUCAGCGUCAUGGCAGAUGACUGUAAAGGGUCCGAGGCAGAGACCGGCGCUUCUCGCGACAAUAUUCUGAGAUUUCUCAAAUACCAGGGCGCUCCCGCCUUGAAGAAGCUACUGCAUUCGGGCAAUCACAGGAAUGCGGAGGAGAGGUUUAGAAACGAGUUUGAGGGAGUAUUGAGCAGUGGUGGACUGGGGUUGGAGGAGAAGGUGACAGUGAUCAACCUGCUCGUCCCUCUCUCGACUGUGUCCGGGGCCAAUGCUCCGACAGAGAGUACAAACCAGUUCAUCAAGCUCCUCACCGACAGCAUCCCUUCUAUGACCCCCAUCGCCGACAAAUCGCGCGUCACCCACAUCAUGAAAGAGCUUGUCGACAGGCUGCAUCAAUAUCACCCCAACAAUCCCCCAUACGAUGCGCGGUACAUUCUCUACUUUUUCAGCGUCCACGGUGCCGGCUUGACUUUUAGCCUCUUCAAGCCUGAACGCGAUGGCCGUGCCAAGGAGCUGUUGGAAGGGUUGAAAGAGUGGUUGGCACAGGCAGAAGUAUUGUGGUCGUUCGGGCAGGUCAGAGAUCCCUGCUUGGACAAAGUUAGAGUGGCGAAGGGGGUCAUUGAGCAGCUUUGGUCAGGGUCGUCGGUCAACGGCAAACAGAUCUUUGGUGCCGAAAAAGUUGACAGAGAUACCAGUGCUCUGUUUGAGAUCCUGUUUUGGUCUUUCUACAAGCUGGUCACCAAGCCCGACAUACGUGCGCUCAUACUGCCCGACCUCCUUCACGUGCUCGAUUUCCGGACCCUCAUCCUCCAGGCAGACUUUAAAUCACGCAAUCAUCCACAACAGGAGUUAUGGCGGAACAUACAUCAGUUCUUAGUUGUCUUGUCGAAUCCAGCUCCUCCUCUAGUACAAGAAAUAUUUCCCUCAUGGCGCCCCCAAAACCCACCCCAACACAACUCCUUCCAGCCAGACGCCAACCAUCGGGGUAGAGGGCAGAUGCCCCAUCGCGGCCAAGGGAGAAUACAGCAGCAAGGGCACAUGCACGGCGGGCACAGAUCAGAUUCGAGAGGGAUGCCCAACGCUUCCAAUGGCACUCCUGGUACUUCGGGCCCUAGGAACGGGUUUAACCCUCCCUCUGGCCCUUCAAAGUCACAUCCCCCGCCAGGUGCCCGGAACCAAGGAGUCUCGACGCCGGUCAAUGGCUCUGGAAAUGAUGCGAGUGCCCCGUUGAUGGUCGGCAAUGGCGGGGUCAAGGACAAGAGUGAGAUGGAGGUGGAUGUGAAGGAGACUGCUCCUGCGCCAACUCGGCCCGUGGUGGUAGCGGAGGUGAAUGCCGUAUCGAUACAAUCGAUGUCCAACACAGCCGGCAAACGCCCGCACGACGCUCUCUCUCAGCCUGGUCCCACCGCUACUUUUUCCAAACCACCUCCCAAGGGUCCCAAAGCCGCGAUCCUCUCCACUUCUUCCCUCCCGCCCGCCUCUACAAGCACCGCCAAAACUGGCGGCGCCCUCCCUGUGCAGACAGGCAAUAGAGAAGAAACCAACAGUGCUGGACGGCCGGCAAAGAAACGCAAGUCAGAGAUCAAGGAGACCAAAGAGAAGGAGGAAAGGCUCACUGCUCCAAGCGGGGCGGUCCCUAGCCUACUGUCCAGACUGGGGCCGAGGGAUAGUCCGUCUCUUCCUCCCACGUCGGCUCCUGAUGCGCCACCACGUCCUCCCGCCAGCGAAAGUCAGUCUGGGACGGCGCCUCGGCCUUCGGCCCCUCCAGCAAAGGGCCGCCUUCUCGACCGACUUGACAAGAAGAAGGCAGCCCCGUUCCCUUCUGACCCAUCUUCCACCUCUGUCGAGGCUUCAGCGCCUAUCCCAGAGCCGGCUGAUGCCCCACCGCCUGCCAAGAGUUUCUCAAUCCGCGGCAUUGCCAGUAACUCUCCCCUCCCUACCCCUGGGCCUUCUCCCAAGCCGGAUGAACCUCGCAGACCUGUCUCUUUCCUGGGCGCUCACAAAAAUAGCGAGCUUUCUAUACUCAAUGCUGCCGCACAAAACAAAUCGCGCGUGACUUCAUCCUCUGCCGAAGAGAGGAGCAGGAUUGUGGAGAAGACGGGUGUGCCUGAGGUGGAAAUGGUGGACGAUGGCAAAGACGAGCCCGGUGUCAAGAAAAGAGGUAGAGGACACCGGAUGAGCGUAGAUCCCCCAACCUUGGAGCUACCGAAGAAUGGUUCGAGGUCUGCCAGUCAAACUGUGGGGAAGAACAAUGGUCACUACCAGGGAGGAUACCAGAGGGGCUACCAGGGUGGAUUUGGGCCAGGAAGACGUUAA